CUAGGCAUGCAGAUUGCUUCUACAAACAUUUGUGAAAGAAUGGGUUGCUCUCAUGAGCUCAGUGAAUUCAAGCGUGCUGCCAUGAUAGGUUGCUGCCUGUGCAAUAAGUCCAUCCAUGAAACUUCCUUGGUACUAAAUAUUCCACGGUCAACUGUUAGUGGUAUUAUAACAAAGUGGAAGCAACUGGGAACAACAGUCAUAUGACAGCAUACCGCCACUGGACUCUAGAGUAGUGGAGACGUGUUCUCUGGAGUCACAAAUUGCGCUUAUCUGUCUGGCAAUCUGAUGGACGUGUCUGGGUUUGGCAGUUGCCAGGAGAAUGGUACUUGCCUGACUGCAUUGUGCCAAGUGUAA